AUUUAGUAGAACACAUUUGUAGUAAACAAACUUUUUAGAAUCAACAUGAAGUACGCAGUGAUUGCAUUAAUCGUAGUUCUUGGUGUUUUGAUUGUCUCCGAAAGUACUACUGCAGAUGAUGUGUCGGCGUUUAAAACCGAAAAUUAUUGCAAUAAAAAUGUAGCAAACUGUCCAAGUAACAAAGCUGAUAAAAACUGCAAUACAUGUUGUCGUCAAGCAGGAUGUCAACGUGGUGACUGUGGACAGAAAAAGUGCAAAUGCACCAAAUGUUGACCUGUUUAAAGCAGUAUCAGCCUGAAACUUUGGAUGCAGAUUUGAUUUCCAAUUAAAACAUUCAUUGUUAUCA